AUGCGUCAAACGGGUAAAAUUGUAAUCAAUAAGCUAGAGAAAAUCAAAACCCCAACCAACAGAACCGGUGGUCAAGUGCCAAUAACAAAAUGUCAAGUGGUGGAGUUUCUAUUGAUCUCCCUGAAUCGCCUGCUAAUGGGCUUCGUAACCCUCUAUGUGUGUUGGAUGUGCCUACGGCUGUCGAUUGAGGAAAUACCAUUUCAUGCUGUGUUUUGUACGAUUGGUUUUGUCUGCCUAAUGUCUGAAGGUCUAAUGGCCUAUUAUCGUGCCAAUGCCAGGACAAAGUUAUGUGAUCGUUCUCAGAAAACUAAAACCCAUUGGAUAUUGCAGUUAUGCGGUUCCGUUUUAGGCUUAAUUGGUGUGGCAAUUAAAAUUUGGAUUGAGGAUACGCAUUUUCACAGCAUCCACGGGAUUGUGGGUCUCAUAGCAUCCAUUUUGCUGCUAUUCUCCCUCCUCAGCGGCCUGAGUGCUUUGUAUGCCCAUGAAAUGAAAAAGGUAGUGCAGCCAAUGUUAACAAAAACUUUGCAUAGCGUUUGGGGUCUAUUGACCUACACGGCGAUGAUGUUGAGCAUGUUCACCGCCUUCGAUACAAACAUUUUCAUAGAAUAUUCUUUAGAUGCAGCCACCUAUAACGAUUUUAAAUGGUUAAUACAAAUAAGUAUCGCAGCAAUAUGGUUACUUACGAUCUAUGGUCCGAUAUGGUGUUUGGUGUAUACGAAGUUGUGGAGGAGUAGCAGUUGUUGUUAG